AUUUUAAAAAACAUGCGGUGGCGGCUGGUCGGCAGCCUAUUCCAGUCCGACCGGGGCCCCGAAGAUUGGCGAACCCGGCCGCCGAGCUCCUGCCGCACGGCGAUGGCCCUGCCUGGCCUGGCCGCCUGAGCGCGCGGCGCGGUUGCCAGGUGCCGCAGAAGUCCGGCGUCAUGAGGGCUUCCUGGUGUCGCCAAGAGAGGAGGGGGUCGUUCCACGGCCGUGCCGGCGUCUCCGAGAAGCGCGCGCCGCCGUCGCUUGUGCUUGUCUGCUGCAUCGGCGCCAUUGCCCUGCUUGCGGGCGCUAGCCGCACCCUAGCCCCAAAGGAGGAGCUCUGUCUUGGCUCUUUUUGGUGCAUUCGCUUGACACCUGUUGGCCGUAAACAUCAAGGGGUUAAGUAUGAGUUGCGCACUCUCCCUGUGGAUGCUAAGGCUGUAACUGACGGCGACACGAUUACUGUGUAUGUUAACAUGGCUCACCAUCCAGAGUCUAGCAAUGUGCCCCACGAAGUGCGUGAAGCGGGCAUUGAGCGGAGCAAGGCACUGGCAGCAAAUAAUUACCAAAGAGCUGGUGUUUUACUGAAGAUCAUACUUGAUGCAGGAUAUAGGCAGGUUUGUGGCAUUGAUGGGGAACAAAUUCUCGCAAAGAAGUACAGGAUAAGGCUAAGGGGGAUUGAUGCACCAGAGAGCUUAAUGCCAUAUGGCAAAGAGGCCAAAGAGGAGCUGGUGAGGCUGGUGCAGGGGAAAAGCUUAAAGAUUUCCAUAUAUGACACUGAUUGGUACGGUCGCUUAGUUGGAGAUGUUGACUGUGAUGGGGUUUUCGUGCAGGAACACAUGCUGAAGAAAGGACUUGCAUGGCACUAUACUACUUAUGAUCAUCGGAUGGAGCUCACCAAGUGGGAGAAUCAGGCGAAGACAAGGCGAACAGGCUUGUGGGCAUCGUCGAACCCUGAGAAACCAUGGGAAUGGAGAAAGAAAAAGCGCACUGGGACAGUAUGAGGCAGUAGUGGAUUUUUAUUUCACGCUCCAACCAGGAAUUGGUUGAUUUACCAUCCAGAACUGUUUCCCAGAAGACCAAAAGUCCAGAAAGACUGGUCCCAUCUCUGUAGAGUGUGCUAUUUGUAGACUUGCAAGUUGUAACAUCGUUGUAAAGUAGAGCAGAGUUAAUUGAUUGAUGUAAUCUCCAAAUGGUUUGUUGUAACAUCGUUGUAAACCUGAUUGAUUGUUUGAGUUUUUUUCGACAAAUAAAAAUUGUUUGUUGUAAUGAACUAUACAUCUCAUGUUAUUAAAUGGUUUGUGUUGAAUGAA